GAUGUUAAGAUCGACAUUUGUGUGUUUGGGUUUCCUCGUCUGGGGAAUGGCUACAAGGGGCUAUGGGGAUAGCUGGAUUCUGCCAUUCCUUCGCAGGAAUCUUGAGAAACCCGACUUGGUUGUGGAGGCCACAGAGUGGCAGAUGCGUCAGCGAUUCCUUCUGAAUCUGCUACUCCAAGUGCACAAGCCCUUGCUUCAUGAGGAGCUUAUAGAAAUGGGAAGUCAACUGAACGAGGAUCCAAGGGAGUACGAGGAAGGCUCCUGGCCAAAGGUAAAGGAAUUCCUGGAAAGCGUUCACGGUAAUAAAAUUCCACGCCCCUUUGCCAUCUUCAGCCAGUUGGAUGAGGAGAUGCCCCAGUUGCUAUUGGGAGUCUAUCGCUUUCUGUCUCUGGCCAAGGACUGGUCGUCCUUUCAGCGAAAUGCCUGCUUUGCCAGGAUUCACUUUCAUCCUGUGCUCUUUGUCAAUGCCCUGCAGAUGGCGGUGAGUGACAGAAAGGAUACCCAGGAUCUAAGAUUGCCGGCCAUGUUUGAGGUGUUGCCGCAGCUGUAUUUUGAAAGGGAGGUGAUCCUGGCUGCCCAGGAAAUAGCCUGGCAUCAGUUGACACCAGUUCGGCUGGUGACUCCCAAACGAAGAUGGAAGGACAUUCUCCUAGGACCGGCUCGUAUAUCCCUGCCGCCAAACGAGGAAGCCUUGUCGAGAGAUCCUUUGGUUAUUGACAACAGUAGGCAGGUGGCCCAUGUUAGUUUGGAUUUGGAACUGAACUCUUACUGGAACAGUCUCAUAAAUCGCCUGGUUCUGUCCACCGAAGAGGAGAAGCAGCGGGCGAGCGAUAACAUCAUCAUAGAUGGGGAUCGCUUAGUGGCCUUUCGAGGACCUCAAGAUGAGGAAGAUUUUCGUAGAACGCUGGUGAUGGAAACAAACCCACAUUUCUUCUACAGUCUCCGGCAAUUUAUGAGUGCCUUGAGCUUAGAAGACUUGGUCACUGGCCAGAAAUCGAUGGAAAUCAUUGAUCCCCCUUUGGUGACCACUGGAGGAGUUCCCUAUAAGCCCACAGACUUGGAUAUAGAAGCUAUUGAAAGGAUUCUAGACUUGACGAUGCAGGAUCUCAAGAAUCAGAUUGAAAGUGCUAUCAAAUGGAAUGAUAAUGAAUCGGAAAAUGUUAUUAUAGCCAAUAGUAUUAUAAGUAACAACUAUCUCCACACUUGCCGGCAAUUAGGCCUGGCCAUUAAUGGUUACAGGAUCAAUGAGCCGAGUAUGUUGUCCUUGGCCACCGCCAAUUUAAGAGAUCCCAUUUAUAGAUCCUUGCUGAAUCGAUUGAAUCAGUUAUUAGUCAGUCAUGAAGAGAACAACAUGCCCUCCGAAAAGGUGUAUGAUUCUUACCCCGAAAUAACAGAGGUUGAGGUGGGUUACCUCUCAACAUUUGAGGAAACCUUCGACACGGAUCUCAUCAAUCUGAUUGACCAGCAACUGCUUCAAUCUCGUCGAAAUAAUUUGCAAUUCCUACGACGCCGUCUUGUGGCCAGACAGAGGCGACUCAACCAUGAUCCUUUCGACAUUAAGCUGGAUAUCAUAUCUCCUUCAGCAAUGACUCUUCAUUUGGUAAUUUAUCUAACUCUUCCCGAUGAAAGUAGGGAGUCAGCUUUCCAACUGCACUCCUCCUUGUGCUCCUUGAAAAAGGGUUUCAAUAAAAUUCAUCUUCACUUUCCAAUGGCUUUGAAGGAACUCUCACUAAGUGAACUGUACGAGGCAGAGUAUCCAAAGACCCAAAAGAAUAAAGAACGAUUUCCACCUCAUCUUCAACUGCCAAGGGGAACUACCGAAGGACUCCCCCUCCAAAUGAUUGUAGAACUUGCAGGAAGGACUUCCAUGGAUGAUGGAAAACUAUGAAGGAUGUUCUAAUCUUCCAUCAACAGACCCAAAACUAUUAAGCGAUAAUAUAUGCUAAAUGCAUAAACUCUUAAUUGAGUUUUAGUUUUGUGGAGAAAGACAUAUGUUUUUAGAAAAGAAAGGCUGCAGCAGUUCCCCCUUAAAAGUAAAUAUUCAAUUUUAAAUUGUUAAAUCACAAGUCUCUCAAAAUAAAUCAAUUAUGAAGUAAUAAGCUA